AUGGGGAUACAGAGGUUAGAAGAUAUCUGGGGAGAUAGAGGCAAAGGUAGCAGCAGCCUUUUGUAUCCUCCACCUCUAUGGAUUUCAAUUGCCAUCUCCAACAUUAUAGAAGCAAUUGAAGAGGUAGCUGGGCUUCUAAUUAGUCUCCUCGAUGACUUAUUAAUGACAAACCUCAUGUUGUUAACUGUAUCUUUGAAUCAGACUCCACAAAUAUUAUCAAUUAAUUGGCUUAACAACGCCAGCUGCACUCCUUGCAAGCCCAAAUUCCUCCUCCAUGCCAUCAACUCUGUGAAACGCUACUUUGCUAUUAUCUCUUUUAUUCAUGCUCCAAGAGAAGCAAAUACCACAGCAAAUUUCCUUGCGCAGGUUGUUGUCCCAAGAGCAGAGGACCUUAUUGCUCGACUAUGA